GUGUUGUUAGCUUUUUAGCUUGUGGUCGUUCAGGCUGUUGUUGUGGAGGGAAGCAGUUAGCUCCGUUUGCUCGUCCUGUGUUUGGAGGAUAGUUCGCUGCUGGUUUUCGCUCAUUCGGAGUUUCCAUAAUGGCGUAUCAGCUGUACAGGAACACGACGCUGGGAAACAGCCUGCAGGAGAGUCUGGACGAGCUUAUACAGACUCAGCAGAUAACUCCUCAGCUCGCUCUUCAGGUCCUCCUCCAGUUCGAUAAAGCCAUCAACACAGCGCUCGCCAACCGAGUCCGCAACAGGGUCAAUUUCAGGGGAUCUCUGAACACAUACAGGUUCUGCGACAACGUGUGGACGUUCGUUCUGAACGACGUCGAGUUCAGAGAGGUCACCGAGCUCGUGAAGGUCGACAAGGUCAAGAUUGUCGCCUGUGAUGGAAAGAGCGAGUCGACCCACAACAAAACUGAUAAAUGAUUUGGGCGGCCGGCUCUCUGGGAGUUCCUCUGUGGGACAAAGUCCCGGAUGGACCUGGACUGUACAUAUAAUUUAUUACAGCGGUCACCUGUGUGGGUGUGUGCGGCAGUUUGCUUUGUUUUUUAUUGUUUACGGAAGUUUUUGUUCAGUUUGUUGUGAUUACUGAGUCAUGAAUAAAAACUUUAUUUAAAACACAAA